AUGGCUGCGAAAACCUUUCACAACUUCCCACUACUCCCUGGCGAGCUUCGAGAUGAAAUCUGGGACAAGGCCGUUCGCCGCCAGGGCUAUCGAGGCGUUCACUAUUUCUCCGUUUUUGAUGCAACUUCGUACUGCACCCGUCCGGUUCCCGAGGAAUUCACCAACGAGUACCUCCUCGCAAAAGUCAGCGAAAAACAACUUCAUGUGUUUGGCGCCCCUAUGUCUUCCGGCAACCCAUCAUCCCCUUCCUGGACCAUCGGAAACCAGUCAACAUAUGCUAUUGACGCAGGUCUCUGGACUGCCUGCAGGGAAUCCCGAGCUGCCAUGUACCGCCGGUAUACCCCCGAGAAAUGGGCCAACUGGUACACUGAACCAUUUACUUCGUUUCUUGAACACAUGGCACUCCGUCCAGGGAACCGAGAAUUACCUGCGGCCUUCAAGAUCGUGGAAGGCGACAACAGUCAAUGCUUCACCAUUCUUCCCUUCUACGACCUUUUUCUUGUCCAAUUUUCGUCAUUCGGCCCAUACUUUAAAUCAUUGGGCAAGGAGAUGCCUUUUUCGUCGCGCAAGUUCGGCCUCGAGGGUAUCCCUCACAUAGCCGUUGAAUUUGAUCCGUCGUGGACGCUGGAAGAGCUCGACCAGUACGAAAAAGACAAUGGCUGGGAAUGGGAGUAUGCGCACAUUUAUCACCCAAAGGGCUCCAAAGAGGAAGGAGAGCCAACGCAGCCUCUGUCCGACGAACGCUAUGCAGAAUACGACUCAUUGAUCCUUGCCUCGCGAAGUCUGGGGUUACCCCGAGGGGUACACCUGUGGCUAGUAGAUCGGCGCUUGCGAAGAAAGCCAUCACCCAUGGACAAUGAGAAGAAGAAGCCUUCAUUUGGCAGGUGCGGAACUUAUGGCACCGAGCAACUUGUUUUUGAGUCGCAAAACUGCAAAUACUACGCCGUGCCGGAGGAGCGUAUCCAGGAAUUUUGCUUCUAUGAGGAACCAGAGACAAUAUCGACAACGAUCUGGGAUUUCCUCUCGGAGCUAUCACGACUUGCGGGAAAACACGAGGCAGAAAAUUAUGGAAUAGAAGAGGAAGAUGCCAACCCACGGACACUGGGAGUUCUGGUGUGCGAGAUGGAAUAG